AUGUCGCAAAACUACUCGUCCUUCAGCGGUAACGCUGGUAUUGCGGACGACGAAUUGCUUGACUUGCAUUUUGAAUCGGGCCAGCCAGCAAACAAUGGCACUUUCGACUUCAACCAGGGCAUGCCAGGGUAUUUGCAGACUCAGGCCAACCCGAGUUUGUUCUCCAAUACUCCUGACGGAGGACCCACUCAGUCUCCGUUUGUGCACGACUUCAAUUACAACCAGUUCCGGCCCAACAUGCACGAGCAACAAUUUGCUGGCACACAGAGCCUGCCGCAGCAAACAGGAUUCCGGCCGAACAUGCAACAGCUCAACGGAACUCGCUCGCCAGCCACGCCGACGCUGAAGGUCUCCGAGGAUUUCUCUCAUCCGGGCAUGCAACCCAUCGCUCAUCGCCAGCAAAACUCCGUCGGGAACGCUAACUGGGACAGCACUCCCAGUGGCCACAGCUGGGAGGGUUCCCCUUCCAUGUCAUCGCCGCCUAACGGCCCUCACUCCUACCAUCUUCAGAUCUCAGAAGUCUUGAAGAACAACAAUGGCUACCAUAAAAGUGGAACAUCCUUACCGACUAAGAUGGAGCCUGGAACUGGUCCAUCAACUGUCCAGGAGGCCAAGCGACGGAGACGGCGAGAGUCUCACAACAUGGUUGAGCGCCGCCGACGUGACAACAUCAAUGAACGCAUCCAUGAUCUUGGAACUUUGGUACCACAACACAGACUGGAAGAUGAGAAAGUGCGCAAGCAUCUUCAGACGAACGCACCCCUCUCACCCUCGAUCACAAACAACGCCGGCAUGUCGCCACCGAACCCAGCCUCCUCUUUGCUCGCCGGACCCUCGGCGCGACGUGCCACUGGUAUUACUCAGGGCUUCCCCAUGGAUGACAAAGACAAAGGACCCAACAAGGGUGACAUCCUAAACGGAUCGGUCGCAUGGACUCGCGACAUGAUGUGGUACAUGCACCAGAAGUUGACCCAAGAGGAGCAGCUCAAGCAAAUACUACAGUCGGUCGGCAAAGAGUGGCCCUUCCAAGUCACAGAGGAAGAGAACCGUAUGCGAUCAGAGAUCUGCGAAGUUCUCAACAAGCACGCAUCACAAGGCGGCUUCACCGGAUAUUCUCGCGCGUCUGGCUCUGGGCUUCGAGUGCCCGGCUUCACCAAUGUCGCCGGAGACAGCAUCGGCAACGGAGACGGACUCGGCACCCUUCCGCCUAUCAGCCCUGGCUUCCAAACCGUGGGUAAUGGUCUCGGUAAUGGCAUGGCCAACAAUGGCGCCCAAUUCUGGUCACCGUCCAAUGACCUCAAGGAAGAAGAUGAAUACGACAUGGAUCUGCAAUAG